AUGAGUGCAACGUCACCUGCCUCCGCCUCUGCUGGACCACCGUCUUGGCCACUGCCUGCACCUGAACCAAUCCCACCGCAAGUAUACGCCUGGCUCUGUGCUUCGGGUGUCAUUAAAUCGUGUCUUUCAAACAGCGCGGGAUAUCUCAGCAGAAAGGCUCUUCCGAUCAAGCGUAACGAUGCGGAGGCUCUGACGCGAGAGGAUGUCCAAUAUGAUCUACUCCGGUACAUCUUCGAAGACGAACAGGCUGUUUUUCACCACCCCACCCCUGGCAAGAAGUGUUGCUUCCGCGAACUGUAUAUCCAUGCCAUAUACAACUCGAGCAAAUGCUCCAAGGUCCUCAAGGACAAGAUGGUUGAAACACCUGCCUUUGCUAUUGAAUUAGCUAAGAUUUCGCUGCUGACGAAUGUGGGCAGAAUUAACACCACUAUGGCCUGUGAGCUCUAUAUCGUCCUCUCCGCGCACCCGCCCGCUGACAGAAGCGCAUUCAGUUUUCCCCGAAAUAUAGUGAAGACCGCGUUGAGAACAUAUCAUCCAGUUCCCUGUCUCCAAAAGACCGACGGAAAUGCGCAGGAUGCCCCACGAAUAAAGAACUGUCUAAAGGCUGCACUUUUACCCUCUGAAUUCAAAUCUGUGCCACCAUCGACCCCGGAAGAUAUUCUUGCGAAAUGGAAAGCAGGCUUGCGCCCUCCAACCAGUGUGGUCAACCUUAUCUUCGUUCUAUCCAAUCAUGCAGCGCCCUUGGCGGCCGUGCACUUCGAAGGGCUGAUGAACUUCCUCGAUCUCUUCCUGCCCAAGCCGCAAUCAUCGCUGGAUCGAGCCAGAGCGUUUCUUUGGCUCAUGUACUACUACCUAGAAGGCCCCCACAAGAAUCCUUACGAAGACGACUACGCGCGUAGAUAUCAUGGGAGAGCGCCUCUCAUUCGCAACCUUCUUCCCGCAGAUGCAGCCCGAGAGAACGUUGAUACCGACGAAGAAAGGGAAUGGGGCAUCACCAUGUCAAGCGCUCGAAACACGUUUCUGACCAAGCUCAUAAUGGCGUCCGAGAGUGACAAGAAGAACAAGCCGGUGGCAGCGCCCCAAUUCGUUCCAUCCAUGCCAGAUGACCGCUUUGCUCCGCGUCGACCAAAGUCGUUUAUCGCGGAGAUGCCGAAGGAGCCGUCGACAUCGUUCAUGUACUAUGUGCCCCAGUCCGGCGCCGCUGUGGCCCACCCGCAAUCUCUGAUGCCUGCACCGGUUGGCCCAAUUGCAUCUCCAGCUGGGGAGCGCUCCAUGAUAGAUCAUGCGUGGAAAUCGAUCAUGACCUACGAUCCACUGCGAGACUCUGACGAUGAAAGUCCUGAUGAGUACGCCCAGAUCGAAUACUCUCGACGAUACCAAGUUCUCGCACGUCUGCGCGGUCAUCCACCGAAUCCCGAGCGGCCAGUCGACGACGAGCGGAUUUCAUUAGGCCGUUUCCAGCAAGUUCAGUCCUGGGACUGAUACGUAUUUGUGUGUACGACGGGCACAGCCCACAAGAUAUGGUGUUUCUGGGGAUAAUCGAAAGGCUCAGCCUGGGAUUGAGUAAACGAGUGUGAGGGUUAUGCUUAUCAUACAUACACCAUUGUUCGAAAUUUGACUUUGAUUUGAAUCUUGGGAUCCUGGGGACUUGUGGCUGGGCGGCUUCUAGAAGCCACCAGGCAUGCAAAGCACGGGAUGCUCGAAGCCAGUCCGCGCGCGCGGGCUC